AUGCCUGUUGUGGAAAGUGGCGUCGUGUACUUUCACCCUGGGCUGUGCUUCGGGUGCGGGGCUGAUUUCCAGCACCGGACCCCAGUGCGGCGCCACGCCUCCGAACGAGUGCUGGGCUGCAGUGUGGGAGGAUGCGAGUUCAAGCUGAAUUCAUCUGUUUUGUUUGUAUUUGUUUUUCAGUUCAAUCAUCUCAAGCUGCAGCUGGAAGAUGAGUUCCCUGGUGAUGUGGAUAUUACUGGAGAAGGGACUCGUCAGUCCACUGGCUGGUUCGAGGUCACCAUCAAUGGACGUCUGGUUCACUCAAAGAAGGGGGGUGAUGGCUUCGUGGACAGCGAUCAGAAGAUGCAGAAGAUCAUGAAGUCCAUCGAGGAGGCUAUGAAACGCUGAGACUCUGCGCACUGCAGGUUAAACUCUUCCUCUGUCCUCUGACCUCGCUGACCGCUUGAUGACGGCCGUGCUUGCAAUGCUGACCAGCAGUGGCUUGGCCUGAUACCUGCGAGACGGGGGGUGCGAGCACAGAGAGCGAGGGCUCCCCUGCAAACUUAAUUUUUAUUUUUAUUUUUUCGAAACAAAAACUAUAAAUAAUCAGAAUCCCAAGCAGCCAGCAGUGUGUGUGUGCUUGAUGUCUCCUGCAGUGUCACGUUGGAUUUUGUGUGACUAUGGCAACCUCUUUCACCCUUUCUUAAUCUGUUGUAUUUUAAUAGUAUUUCUUUAAUGGCUGCUGUUGUAAUUGUAUAUAUCCUAAUACAGCUAGUCGUGGAUAA